ACAUAAAUAAAAUAAAAAGAGAGAAAAAAAUGAAAGAAGGAUCUCAUGUUAUCGUCUUGCCUUUCCCUGGACAAGGCCACAUAACUCCCUUGUCUCAGUUCUGCAAACGCUUAGCUUCCAAAGGUCUUAAGCCCACUCUUAUCCUCGUCUCAGACAAACCCACCCCGCCAUACACAACAGAUAACGAUUCAAUCACUGUCUUUCCCAUCCCAAACGGCUUCCAAGAAGGUGAAGACCCGUUACAAGACCUAGAUGAUUACAUGGACCGAGUAGAAACCAGCAUCAAGAAAUGCUUACCAGAGUUGAUACAAGACAUGAAGCUAUCCGGGAACCCUCCUAAGGCUCUUGUGUAUGACUCCACCAUGCCGUGGCUUCUUGAUUUAUCUCAUGCUCAUGGUUUGAGAGGUGCCGCGUUCUUCACGCAACCUUGGCUUGUCUCAGCUAUUUACUACCAUGUUUUCAAGGGCUACUUCUCUGUACCGUCUACAAAGUAUGGUCACUCGACGUUGGCAUCUUUCCCUUCGUUUCCUAUGCUGAAUGCGAAUGAUUUGCCCUCUUUCCUCUGCGAGUCUUCCUCUUACCCUAAUAUACUAAGGGUCGUGGUUGAUCAGCUCUCAAACAUUGAUCGUGUCGACAUAGUGUUGUGCAACACUUUCGAUAUAUUGGAAGAAAAGUUGUUGAAAUGGGUCAAAAGCAAGUGGCCAGUCUUGAACAUAGGACCAACGGUUCCAUCGAUGUAUUUAGACAAACGACUGUCUGAAGAUAAGAACUAUGGAUUCAGCCUCUUCACUGCGAAAUCAGCUGAAUGCAUCGAGUGGCUGAACUCAAAGCCGCCUAGUUCAGUUGUCUAUGUAUCAUUCGGAAGUUUGGUGAUUCUAAACGAAGCCCAAAUGAUGGAGCUAGCAACUGGUCUGAAACAGAGCGGUUGUUUCUUCUUGUGGGUCGUGAGAGAAACAGAAACAGACAAGAUUCCAAAAAACUAUGAAGAUGAAAUCGGUGAGAAAGGACUUAUUGUGAGCUGGAGCCCUCAGCUUGAAGUUCUAGCGCAUGAAUCUGUCGGUUGUUUCUUGACACAUUGUGGAUGGAACUCGACGUUAGAAGGUUUAAGUCUUGGAGUUCCAAUGAUUGGUAUGCCUCAUUGGACAGAUCAGCCUACGAAUGCUAAGUUCAUAGAGGAUGUGUGGAAGGUUGGGGUUAGGGUUAAAGUAGAAGGUGAUGGGCUUGUGAGAAGAGAGGAGAUAGUGAGAUGUGUGGGAGAAGUUAUGGAAGGAGAGAAAGGUAAAGAGAUUAGAAAAAGUGCUGAGAAGUGGAAAGUGUUGGCUCGAGAAGCUGUUUCUGAAGGAGGUAGCUCUGAUAAGAGCAUUGAUGAGUUUGUUUCUAUAGUUUGCUGAAUGAUUUAAAUUGAGAUGUUAGAAAGUCACUGUCUAUGGCAAAUUUUCACUGUUUUCUGUUCAAGUUUUUUUUUUACAAUUAGUUGUUGUUUUUGUUUUGAUAAUUCACUUUGUUGUCGUUGUAAUAAGGAUUGUUUUUCUCAAGUUUCAAAUGAAACACAUGCAUGGGGAAUUCAC